GUCAUCACCAUCAAAGCCACCUAACACUCAUUUAUCGGCAGCGUUCCACAUCAGAGCACCAGCUAGCAACGUUCGGUCGAGCUUAUCAGCUAGCUUAGCAAUGCCACCGCCGACGACACUCUCCCUGGCGUCGCAGCUGCUGCUUGUGAUGUCCAAGCUCCUCAUCCUCCUCUUCUCCGGCGCCGGCGCGCGCGCGGCGCCGUGGAUCACCACGAAGGCCGUGCCGCGGCUGCCGGGGUACAGCGGCGCCCUGCCUUUCUCGCUGGAGACAGGGUACGUGGGGCUGGACGACGGCGUGCGGCUCUUCUACUACUUUAUCCAGUCGGAGCGCGCCCCGGCGGAGGACCCCGUCCUGCUCUGGCUGACCGGCGGGCCCGGUUGCUCCGCCCUCUCCGGACUCGUCUACGAGGUCGGCCCGCUCUCCUUUGAUUUCGACGGCUACAAGGGAGGCCUGCCGACUCUGCUCCGAAAGACGGAGGCUUGGACAAAGGUUAGCAAUAUCAUCUUCGUGGAUUCUCCUGCAGGGACCGGUUUCUCUUAUGACACCACACACGGUACCAUACCUAGCGACACCACGGUUGUUCACCAGCUGCGAAUUUUCCUCGAAACGUGGUUUGAUGAGCACCCACAGUUCUUGGCAAAUCCGCUCUACAUCACGGGCGAUUCAUAUAGCGGCAUAAUCAUACCUUCUCUUGCCAUGGAAAUAGCUAAAGGGAUAGAAUCUGGUGAUGAGCGACUUAUUAAUCUAAAGGGUGUUAUUGCUGGCAAUCCACUGACUGACAUAAGAUUAGACGACAAUGGUCGACUUCCGUUUCUUCACGGGAUGGGAAUUAUACCAGAUGAACUCUACGAGCCUGCUCGGAAAAGCUGUAAAGGAGAAUACCGCAGUCCAUGGAAUGCUGCAUGUGCCAAUUCCCUCCAAGCUAUCAAGGAUUGCAUAAGGGAUUUAAAUGGUGUGCAUGUCCUGGAGCCAAGUUGUCCGGAGUAUCCUGACCUCUCAAUUGUUCAGAAGAAGCCGACGACGUUGCCAAAUAAUGGGACAAAGCGGUCGAUGCUAGAGUCAGCAGCACUUUCGUCUGUGUGCAGGAAUUCCACCUACUUCUUAUCCGAAGUUUGGACAAAUAACGAGGCUGUAAGGGAGAGUUUGGGUAUUCACAAGGGAACAGUUCCGCUGUGGCAAAGAUGUGAUUUCCAUUUACCUUACACAAAGGAAAUCAGCAGUACAGUGGGCGAGCAUUUAGCCUUGAUCACCGGAGGAUACCGGUCCAUGGUAUACAGCGGUGAUCAUGAUAGUAAAAUCUCUUAUGUCGGUACCCAAGCCUGGAUCAAGCAACUUAACCUCUCCAUUAAAGAUGAUUGGCGACCAUGGUACGUGGACAGCCAAGUUGCAGGAUUCACAAGAGCUUACUCCAAUAACUUCACGUAUGCAACCGUGAAGGGUGCUGGCCACACGGCUCCGGAGUACAUGCCCAGGGAAUGUCUUGCUAUGAUCGAUAGAUGGCUUUCUGGUCGCCCUCUUUGAUCGUGAAUUUUAUUGUACACCACGUGUGGAGGUUUAUACGUCUAUUAUGUGUCAGCAUUGCCCCUGUGGCAGCACAGUUCUACAAGAUAAAUCUGUAACAAUGCAUGUUUCAGUAUGGAAUUUUUCUAACUGAACUGGAUCUUUAGAAAUUACGUAGAUGGUCAAAGAAGAGCAAUUAUAUAUUUAUAUGAACUU